GAGCACACGUCUACGGGAAAUGGAAGUUUCCUACAGUCCUUGAAGGCACCGCGGUCCAGCGCUGUUGACUGCGGAGUCAGGUCUGGAGGACGAGGAUGCGGAGCGGCGGGGCUUCUGCUGCUGCCUCCUCUUCUACCCGGUCCCGCCGCCAGCCUGAAGGAAAAUAACCGCAGCCAUGGCCUCGGACAGCUGUCUGUUUGUGUGGUCUGAUCAGUGUGUCAUUGUAUGUCCUCUCUCCCUCCUCCUGCCAGUCACCCCGGAGGCCAUCGGCUUCCUGUCGGCUGUGGGCGUCUUCAUCGUGGCGUUGGCCGUCCUCUUCCUCUUCAUUAAUAAGAAGCUGUGUUUCUCACGUGUCGGCGGGCUGCCCUGCUUAGAGCAACGUGGUCGCAACAAGAAGGGACGUCUGGGAGUCCUCCAAGGACUCGUGAACAACUACGGUGACGACGAUGAUGACGAUGCCAGCACUUCCUCUGACAGUGAAGACGAGGUCCUGAAGCAGUUUGAGAUCUCGGUGUCUCGCUCUCAGAGUUUCCGCACCAGCAGCAGUUUGGAGCCGACCCACCACACCCAGCUGCCGUUGAGCACACGCCACAAAUUCAGCCGCCUGUCAGACCAGGAGGAGGGCAGCACGGAGCCGUCGGACUGUGAAGAGAUGGAGGCUCCAAGCCAGCAGGGUUUCCAGGACCCGCUCUCUGCAGCUGAGGGAAAACAUGGGAGGACGUCCACACUCUGUUUGGACAACCCAGCUGGAGUUGAGACAUCCAGCCUCAGGGACAGUCCCACUCCGAGUAUGAACCGGCAGGCAGCAGAUGGAAGCGAGAACAUGGAGAACCCGUUGAAUGGUGACAAAAAUGAGUCCACAGACAUCUCUUCCACUUGGAGCCCAGAGCAACAGGAAGCUCCUCAUGUUGAGGGGUCAUCUAAGCCAGUGACUUCUUCUCCUCGACCCCCCAUCUCUAAAUGUGGAGACCUGGUUCUCUCUCUGGAGUACCGCCCUGACUCGGAGAAGCUGCUGGUCUCUGUGAUUGAGGCUCGGGACGUCCCCGACAAGGCUCGUAGCGGCAUGGACUCCUGGCAGGUGCAUAUGGUUCUCUUGCCCUCCAAGAAGCUGCGACACAAGACGUCGGUGCAGAAAGGCUCGCUGCCACAGUUCAACGAGAAGUUUCGCUUCUCCCGCCUGGAGCCGUCUGACCUGCAGAUGUCCGCCAUCAGGUUCAGACUGUACGCGCUGGGGGGCAGAAUGUCCCGCGAGCGAAUGAUGGGGGAGAAAGUCUUGCGUUUGGGAGGACUGGACCCAGAUGGAGGGACGAUGGAGACAACGCUGCUUCUGGAGCCUCGAAGUAACAUCAAGAGUGUGGAUUCCCAGCUGAGUUUAACUGCAGUGUCUCAGAGCGAUAGUGCCUCGUCCACUCAGUCUCUGACCCACGGCGGCGUCCCUGAGCUGCUCGUGGGUCUCACCUACAACGCCACCACAGGACGGAUGUCUGUAGAGCUCAUCAAAGGCAGCCACUUCAGAAACCUGGCUAUCAACAGACCUCCAGGUCUGCAAAGCUUUUAUCAGCCAGGUUUGCAGCAAACCACCACCUCAUUCUCACUCUGCAUCCUCUCUCCUCCCCCAGACACCUACGGGCGGCUGACUCUACUGAACUCGGUGGGUCAGGAGAUCUCUCGGUGUAAGACGUCCAUGCGCCGCGGCCAGCCCAACCCUGUCUACAAGGAGACAUUUGUCUUCCAGGUGGCGUUGUUCCAGCUGUCGGACGUCACGCUGCUGAUCUCCAUCUACAACCGCCGCAGCAUGAAGCGCAAAGAGAUGGUGGGAUGGGUCGCCCUGGGCCAGAACAGUAGCGGAGAGGAAGAGCAGCUGCACUGGCAGGACAUGAAGGAGAGUCGAGGACAGCAGGUCUGCCGGUGGCACGUCCUCCUGGAGGCCUGAAUCUACACACCAGACGGAUUUACAUGACGAGGAUUUAUAUGUGUUUUAAGGCUGGAGGGAAGUUGUUCUUUACUGUGAGAAACCUCAUGUAAGGUUUAAAGGACUCCAAACUGUUCUCAUAACAAUGAUCAUAAAGACAGCAGCUUGCUUUAUAUAAACAGAGAAUUCCUUAAUCCACUUUGAAAUCCAGAUUUUUACAAGAAAUGAAAUCCCUCUCACAAAGACAGGUCAUGUUUUUUCUCAUGUAACUACUUCUCUGUAAUUUUAGACCUUCAGUCUCAAAUAUUAGCUUGGAUUUGCCAUUAUGUGUUUCUCAUUCAGCCUUUCAUGCAUACAGAGCAUCUUAUUCUGUUCUUUUUCUCCAUCACAUGCACGUUUACCAGCCACGUUGGAGGGAAUCACAGAGACUUCCAAACCUGACCACGUUCCGAGUGGUGGAUCAGGAAAAGUUCUUCUUCUAGCUACUGAUCCUCUGAUUUAGGCAAAAGCAGAAAUAACUGUUUCAGUUUAGUUCAUUUUAGUUGACUAAAAAGUAACAAUGACCUGAUUUGAUGGGGAAAAUAUACAGUAGUACCAAAAGUAUUGGGACACCUAUCCAAUUCAAGCAGGAUCCAUAAAGAUGUAGUACAACGAAGUCCGGAUCUCAACCUGAUAGACACCCAUUAGGAUGAAUCAGAGCAAGGGCUGUGAGCCCGGCCUAAAAAGAAAUGGCUUGUGGUAAUCCUUCCCAGCAGGGCUGAAGCUGCAAACCCUCCAGAUUAAAGCAACAACACUAGACUAUGACAGAUUUAGGCACCCCCAAGACGGCUAAUCCAGUAUGUCUCUUCUGUCGUCUUAUAGUUCUUUGCUGAAUCGGCCACGGUUUGCAUGUGUAACAGCCACUGUGUUGAUAUCCAGUUGAUGGCGUGUGAUGCAGUGCAGUUUCCUGACCUCAGAUUGCUGCAGGGUAAUGACGGCUCCAACAAAAUACGUGCAUUAUAAAUGUCAUUGUACCAUGGAGGCAAGUCAGAAGCUCAAUGUUGAUGUCGGAAAAGGUUGCGUUGCUUUAAGUGAAUGUGAAGGCAGACAGCCCUGCACUUUUAUGUGAUAAUUUUACAGAACAGUUAGAAAUCAAGUAGAAAAAAUCUUAAUCAGGAUUCAUGGGAGAGUUUCUGAUAGAUGAUUAGCUAAUCCAUUAUGAUGGCCAGUUUCAAACCAUGUCAACGGACCUAUUAGCAAACCUCCCAGAAAGCAUUCAGGGAAAAACUUGCUGCUGAAGAACUUUUGCUCUGAUGAGGAGCCAACUUGGGAUCUGAAGCCAUUCAGAUAAGUAGCUGACACCAUCUUUAGACUGUGGUUAAACUGGUUUGUGCAGAAAAAGAACUAAUCUGAUGUUUUCAUAGUCAUUUGGCCAUUGUCCAUCAAGAUUUUUGCAUCUUCUUUCUACAGUAUACCAUUGCUGCAGAGGGAGCAUGUGACAGUAAAAAGAGCCACGGUUAAGAGUGGAAAUUAUUUCAUAAUUCCAGUGAAGGAGGAGGAUGUCAUAUUGUUCAUAUUCUCCGAUUCCACUCAAGCUAUUACUGACAGGAAGACCAGCAGCUGGAGACGCUUCACCUGUUUCAGCCUCGUCAUGUCUGAAUCAUGUUAUUUGGCCUGAGCUCUGCCUCCUUUACACGCUGAAGCUCAUGUCAACACCCCCCAACGCUGAGCUGAAAAGAGGCUUUCAAUAUCUCCAUGCAGCUGUUAAUAACAUGCAAUGAAUGACCCUGAGGGAACGUGCUCCCUCCCAACUUCUGAGCGUAGUAACUGGUAGUUACAGCUUCUGAAUGCCACAGCAAGGCUGCUGCUGCUCUUCCACUUUCCAUCUCAGCAGCUGAGUGAUACAGCUUGGGUUUAGCUGAUGACAAAAACUCUCCAGAACUUUCUGUUUGGUUUGAAAACCACAGUAUGAUCAGAAAUGAGUGCAAUAAGUGGCUGAAAGUGCAAAAGGAGAGACCUUUAGAUUCAUUAACUUAUAACCAAGCAAAAUAAAACCUGCUGAUGCUCAUAUUCACUUCACUGAAAUUCCAGCCAUCAGCCUUAUCUGAACAAAUCCUUAUGAUGCACGGUGGAAAUGAGAAAGAUGAGUGAAAUGAGUUGACAGACUCAUUUUAUUUAUUUAUUUAUUUAUUUAUGCAGGGAAGGAUGAAAAGCAAAAACUGAUUUUCAGCAGGUUCCUGCUGCAGAAACACAUCUUCUCUCUGCAGCUGCCUGACGAGCUGAGGUAUUAAAGAUGCUGCAGCAUUCUUCAUUUCCUGUUUACACUUAAUUAUUGUUUAGAAAUACACAUCCAAAAAAACAGCUUCAAUAUUUGGUUGGCCCUCCUUCAUCUCUGAUUCCAGCAGCUUCUCUGUGUCCGUGGCUGCGUUUACAUGGAGCACUUUGAUCCGAUCAAACGUCCGGUCAGUCAGAAUAAAAAUGCAUCAUGUGAACACGUGUACGCUCAUUCUGAUGGUUUUGUGGUGCAUGUUGUCUCUGCACAUGCUAGGACCAGGUGGGGUUACGGGACAUAAUGAGUUUCAGGGAAGACUUGAACAGUG